AUGGCUCCUCCGGUGCAAUCGGCCAUGAUGCCCGUGGUCCCCCUGACCAAAGGGAGCGUGCUGUUUCCCGGCUCUGUCCUUCGCAUUCCCGUCCCGUCCAGUCGGGGCGACAUUCCCGCCCUGCUGUCCAACGUCUACACCCGCGCAUCCAAGGGGUCACGCCGUGUCGACCAGAUCCCCGUCGUCUGCGUCCCGCUCAACUCGCCACUGCUCAGCAGGCGCGGCCAGCUCCUCAUCGCCAAUGACCCCGACCGCUACAACGACCUUCUCGAGGCCGACUCGGCAGACAUCCGCAAGGACAAGCUGUACGCCUACGGCGUCACGGCAAAGGUUACCGGCAUCCAGGGAAAGAACGGCGGCGAGUUUAACCUGCUCGUCCAGGGCAUUUCCCGUGUGACCGUCGACAAGAUCACCCAGGAGCACCCCUUCUUUGAGGGCAAGGUCACCCCUCACACCGACAACGUACCUGUUCCUGUACUGCAGUCUGCUCAGUUUCAGGACCUGUUCUCCCGGCUGAAGCAGCUAUCGCGCGAGCUGGUCCAAUAUCUCCGCGUGUCUGCCUUCCUGCUCACCCCUGGGCCCUCCGGCCUGAACCCCCUCUUGUCCAAAAGACUGGAGCAAUUCAUCGUCAAGAAAGCGCCCAACGAGGGCGGCUCCCUCGCCGACUUCAUGAUGAAUGUCGUCGAGGCUUCCUACGAGGACAAGCUCCAGGUGCUUGGCGCUCUCGACGUCUCAACUCGCAUGCAAAAGGUUAUUGAGUUGCUGGAACGCCAAGUGGAAGAUAUCAAGGGAAACAUCAAGAUAACAAGCGUGACUAGUUCCACGAUCCCGAUCCAUAUUGACGAGGACGACGCGGAAAAGAUCACAAAUAAGCGGCGCAAGCCUCAAAUCUCUAUCUCGGGAAUGCCACCCGGUGCCGGGUUCAACCUGAGCGACAUGUUCGGCGCAGGCGGAGGCGGGAAAGGGAAGCAACAACCAGAGUCGGACGAUAUCCAAGAGUUGGCCAAGAAGAUCGAGGCUGCAAAGAUGCCUCCAGAGGCUGCAAAAGUGGCCGAGAGGGAAUUGGGCCGCUUGAAGCAGAUGAUGCCCGCCCAGGCCGAAUUCCAGGUCAUCCGGACAUACCUGGAGACGCUGGUCGAGAUACCUUGGUCUGUGGUUACCGACGAUCCUAUCGGGGUGGGAACGCUGGAGAGGGCAAGAAAGCAGCUAGAUGAUGACCAUUACGGCAUCGAAAAGGUCAAGAAGCGGUUACUGUCAUACCUGACAAUUGUCAGGUUGAUGCAAUCUGCAAAUGAAGCCGUGGACCACCAAAUCAAGCAGGCCGAGCAGGAGGCUAUCGACUUGGAGUCGAGCAAGGACGGGGCCAAAGAGGGUCUCAAGCUCGAUCCAGAGCUCGAAGAGAAGAUCAACGCGAGCGGUAUCAAGGUGAAAAUGCUUCAGAACAAGCGCAGAGGCGAGAAGGCCCCGAUCCUACUCUUAAUAGGGCCGCCUGGCACAGGCAAGACAAGCAUAGCCCGGUCGAUUGCCACGGCGCUGGGCCGCAAGUUUCACCGCAUUUCACUGGGAGGUGUCCGAGAUGAGGCGGAGAUCCGGGGUCACCGGCGCACCUAUGUCGCGGCCAUGCCCGGCGUCAUCGUACAAGGUCUACGCAAAGUCGGAGUUGCGAACCCCGUCUUCCUGCUAGAUGAGAUUGACAAGCUCGGCAUGUCCAGCCACAAUGGCGACCCCUCGGCAGCUAUGCUCGAGGUUCUCGACCCCGAGCAGAACCAUGCCUUCAGUGAUCACUACGUCAAUGUUCCCGUUGAUCUGAGCAAAGUUUUGUUCAUCGCGACCGCCAACUCGCUCGAUACCAUCCCCAUCCCCCUGUUGGAUCGCAUGGAGACCCUCGAGUUCUCUGGCUACACGACCCUCGAAAAGCGACACAUUGCCUUGCGACACCUCGUACCAAAGCAGAUCCGUGUGAACGGUCUCACGGAGGAUCAGGUCAUCUUCAGCGAUGAUGUCGUCUCCAAGAUCAUUGAGUCGUACACUCGUGAAUCAGGGGUGCGCAACCUCGAGCGCGAGAUCGGUUCGGUUUGUCGUGCAAAAGCGGUCGAAUUUGUCGAAGCGAACGACGCAGGAAAACCUGAGACAUACCGCGCCAAACUCACCGUCGAGGACCUCGAAUCCAUCUUGGGCAUAGAACGCUUCGAGGAUGAGAUUGCCGAGAAGAACAAUCAGCCCGGCAUUGUGACCGGACUGGUAGCUUACAGCUCUGGUGGCAACGGUGGCAUUCUGUUCAUCGAAGUGCUGGAUAUGCCCGGAGACGGCAGUGUGGAACUUACGGGCAACCUGGGAGAGGUUCUGAAGGAGAGUGUCAAGGUCGCAAGGAGCUGGGUACGCAACCACGCAUAUGAAUUGGGCCUUACCCAAGAUCCCUCGGAAAAUAUCAUGAAGAACCGGAGUCUUCAUGUACACUGCCCUUCGGGUGCCGUACCCAAGGAUGGCCCCUCGAGCGGCAUGGCACAAGCCAUUGCUCUAAUCUCUCUCCUCUCGGGCAGAGCCGUACCUCCAACCAUGGCUAUGACGGGCGAAUUCCAACUGUCCGGCCACGUCAAGCGGGUCGGAGGUAUCAAGGAGAAGCUGAUCGGGGCGUACCGUGCUGGUGUCAAGACUGUCAUGUUACCAGCACAGAACGAGAAGGAUGCCAGAGAGGUUCCUUCGGAAGUUCGAGAGGGACUAAAGAUCAUUUACGUCAGCCACAUCUGGGAGGCCAUUCGCCAGGUCUGGCCCGAGGUGCAGUGGCCGCACGAGACGGCUUUUGCUGGCAUCCAACCCCGACUCUGA